CGAAUCGCCUAAUAGCAAGUGUCAGAUUUUGUGAUUUUGGUAUUAAGAAAAGAUGAUAGGGGAGAUAUGUUCUAAGAGUGGAUUUAGUGAUACACUAUGGAAAAUAUUUUAAGGGGUUCGCUUGUUUUUUUUUUGAUAAGAUUUAGGAGCGAAACUUAAUUUCCGUACAAUUUCUUAAAAACUCCUAACUUUUAUAAUAAUAAUAAAAUCGGGAAAAAGCAAAAGAAUAGGUUGCCUAAAAAUAUUUUCUAUAGCUACUACGUUUCUUUGGAGAAGCAGUCGUUUACCAGCGUCAUAAACGCACUUGCAACCCAUCUGGUUCUGUAAUUUUUUAUUUUUAAAAAUAUACAUUUCACAUAUUGUGACGUAUAUCACUAUAUGAAAAGGACAUACGAAAAACAAUUUUUGGACGCAUAUGGUCAAGCUUAAUACCCUCAUAAGAGGUAAAUUAAGUGAGUACAUAAACACGGUUGUGACUUGGUUGUGACGAUGUCCCUCAGUCAGUACUGUCAGUAGGCAUUUUGGCGGCCAACUCCACUAUUUUGAUUUAUACCGGGUGUUUUCUGUAAGACGAGCAUAUAAUUAAACCAUAUAUUGUACUCCUAAAACGAUAUAACUUUUGAGUAACAACUUUUAAAAAUUAUGAAAUCUUUAGACUUUAAAUUUUUCAUACAAAUUUAAUAUUAUUUUCAAUGUACGCUGACAUCAGUGUGUUUGACGUUGCUUGUCACGCUUUAAACAUAACAAAAUUCGCAAUACAUUGCGUCUUAGAAUUACGUUCAGGAGUACAGCCUGCAGUUUCAUUUAUUGCUCCUGUUACGGGAAAAACCCGGUAUAAUAAUUUGAACAUAGCCUAAGUUACUCCCAUGACUACGACAAACCUACAUUAAAAUCCACCAGUGACACGGCUGUAGAGCGUGGCAAAGAAUUGGAUGGGUACACAUCAUUGUCAUAAAUGGUACGGAAUCCUCCAUGGGCGAGUCUGACUCGCACAUGGCCGCUUUUUUUUUCUAUCGAGCGAAAGUCCAGAAAUCAGAUUUCGAAUCGAUGAAAUUACUAGAAAACGGCCUCAUUGAAUUGGUAAUUGAAUUUUAGAUAACCGUAUUGUGAUCUAAAAAAGCGAUACGAUUUUUCAAAACUCUGCUAGCUAAACCUACUCGUACUCGUACUGCACCUUGACCUUAUUAUCUGUGCAAGUAAGGACCUUAUGUUAGCUUCUAUGUGCCUGAAGUAAGCAAAUUUCUACGAGUGCAUCAAUUCUUCGUUAUAACACGUUAAGUAGGGCACACGCUUUACGUGAAUUGAUUACAAUGUAACGUGUAUUUUGAAUACUAUGUUUGGUGGACCUAAUAGGGAGUUAAAGCGGCUAUCUGUUUUAUCAACCUACUCACCUAUGUAGAUAAGAUUGUUUCACUCGAAACCAAACAGUGAUAGCAGUGUCCCUUAGUCAUACAUAGACAAUAGCUUCCUACGAAAUGAAAUAAUUACUUCGUUACAUAAUUUUAGUGUUUUAGUAUAUAAAUUAGACGAAAUGAAUAAAACUGUGUUAAUAACAAUACUUCUGUUUGGUUGUGUGGUAAAAUCACUCGCUCAGACUGCAGGCAAAACGCUGUCGCCCUUUUUGAGGGAUUGUUUUAGUGAACCUAAUUUAUUGGAUAGAAAUAACUUACCACCAAUGACAUUAACAGUGUUGCUAGACAUAAUAAGGAAAAUUGAAGACCAUCCUAAUGCCGUUGGAGAUAUACGGCAAAUCUCCACUGCCAUUGUGCAUAUGUUUCGACAAGAUGGAAUAGUAUAUGAUCCAACAGCGAUAGUGCAACAGUUCGUAGUACCAUACAGUGCUACUGGAUUUCCAAUAUAUAAAAACAUGCUGUUGUUAAAUAAACUUUUGCCAGGGAACCAAUUUAAUUUGCCUACAGACAGUCUAACGCCUGAAGAAAAGUGUGCACUUCAUUUCAUGGUGUCAUCCAGCAUAUUACUGAACGCGAGAGGCGACGAAGAAUGGACGUGCAACAGCAUAUCGCUGCCCAGCAACCGCAGCGGGCGCCCGGCGGCCUACCGGGAAGCUGACGAUAUCGAGAUCAUUGAUGUGAAUGGCAUCAAGGAUCACUUCGGCCGUCAAAUUUUAGGAACAACCAAUUGCCCAAUAGAGACUGGCGUAGUAUCUACCCCGUGGGGUGAUGUAUCCAUGGGCCCGGUGAUAGCAGGUAUUUCUGCAGGGUUGGAGGAACAGAACGUGCUGGUGUCUGACCUGGUCACCCUGAAGUCGGGGUUCACUGACAGCUCGAUUGUCGUUAACAAUAGAUAUGCGGCUACAGUCGCAGGAGACAUUGCUGAGACUGCAAUCAGACAAGGAAUGACGCGGAAUUCUAUAACAGUGGGAGGUACUGGUGGCUGGAACAGUUCCUACGCCAACCAGCACUAUUUCCAUACCCGCACAACAGAUCUGGAACUUACUGACGCUGAGAUCCGAGGUGGUUUGGAUGGACUCAUCCUCAGCGAACUGGGACUGUCUAAUGUGAACGUGUUUCCGGAGUUGAGGCUGUCUCAGUUAAUAGACAUGUAUUAUACAUCGAAUGGAAUUAUGCACGAGCCUCGGUUCCGGGCAUGUAAUCGCAUAGUGCUCAUACCAGACAUCGCUCCUUCUACGACCCUGAUUGAGCGGAGCCUAGGUCCAGCAAUUGCCUUAUACCACGCUUCCUCACUCUCAGGGACCACCAACAUAAGGGGCAUAGAGCAGUUCGUUAACAAUACUGUGACUGCUUUCCAUUCGUACAUACCUCUCAACAUGAACAGUGAUCCUCUCUGCCCCGUAUCUGUCAGCCAAAUGAUAAGACCAAAAGUGAAUUUAAUUUUGAUAACUUCAGAAAUAAACCGCAAUUUGAUAUCUUAUAUAGUUGACAACAUUGAAGUCAGCAAAUACGGAUCUAGUAUUACUCUUCUUCAACCAGAAACUGGUGAAGUGAUUAUUAAUAAAACCUUUUCGGCAGCAAAAUUCUACACUGAUUUCGCUCUAAGAUACAGAGCACAGGUAGGUACCCUCGAUGUAGUAAAGUCGUUAAAUUCGAUACAAGAAUUGAUGACAACUCAAGCAGCGUCAGAAAUGUCUCUGCAAUACUCUGGAGGAAAUGCUACAGUAGCUCUCUUUCUCUCCGAUACCAUACCGCUCACGGGUAACGAUUGGAAUCAAGCUAUGAACCAAAUUAUUUGGCUACGGCGCUUUGCCCCAGACUUGCGUUUGGUCUUCGCAUCAUCAUCGUCAGGAAGUGAGACCGUUGCUCCAUUACUUCGUUCAAGAAGUGAUUUUAUACCAGUGACGUUGCCUUCGGCCAGAGAAUCACCAGAAAUUUUAUCUAGUUUACUUGAAAACAUUAGAAAGAGUCAAAGAAGAAUUGUAAACCCUCUAUGCAGUACUGAUUGGAAUGACCGUAACUCUGGAACGAUCGGAUUUGAAGACUACGUGGACGCCAAUGGCAUUAAUUUGUACAGAAUACUACCCAAUUACUUCUUUGUAAACAACCCUUUAAGAUUGUUGAGAAUUCAAACUCAAGAUUCAUCUACCCUAUCGGUAUGCUACUCUAGGACGGACUCUUUUCCAAGGCGUAACCAUACCACUGGUUCCGUGCCGGGGGAUGUGAUAUGUCAAUCGGCGACUGGUGCCAGCGCAGUGGAAAUAAGCCUGGCAGAAGCAUGCCACCAAGCGACCUCAGUGGAAAGUUGUCCACCGUUCUAUUUGACAGUUGCGUCUGCAACAGUGCCUCUGACACCGCAGUGUAAAGGUUCAGGAUGUCGCUACCCAAAUGAUAUCAAGUAUUUGGUUGCUGCCCAUGAACUUGGAUGCUACAGUAAUGCAAAUAAAAUUAAUUUAGGUAUAUUUGUAUUAAUCUAUGUGCUGGUACAUACAUCAAUAUAAAAAAUAAACUAAAA